AUGGGUGCCCGGCUCAAUCUCCCCAUGAAGGCCGCGAUGACAAACGCCGAGCGACUGAUAAGGACGGUAGCCUCGUUUUCAACGACAGCAGGACUGUUGGCUGGCGAUGGGUGCCCGGCUCAAUCUCCCCAUGAAGGCCGCAAUGACAAACGCCGAGCGACUGAUAAGGACCAUAGCCUCGUUUUCAACGACAGCAGGACUGUUGGCUGGCGAUGGGUGCCCCGUCCGAUGGAGGUGGGUCAUCGAGAAGGACCACGGAGACGACACUUCUACCCUUGCGGCUUGAGACUUGGGGCCAGCUUUCUUUUAAUCGGAGACAACAAUUUUGACAUGAAGCGAUCAAAGCCCCAACAACAUAUGAUUCGGAAGGUCGCCCCUUGGCCGCCAACCCCCAAAUCAACCGCCAUCGUCUGUCCUGCUCAUACACAUUGUGAUCGUUCAAAUCGGCGCUGGUCAGCAUUCAACAGUUGUUUAAGGGCCUCCUUCGCUCCGACAAACUUGGGGCGCUCUGACGAACUUCAGGCUGCCGGGAUGCUACUGGUGCUUAUAGCUUCUCAGCAUGCUCGCACACUAGCACUGCAUCAUCAGCAGGACUCUAACUCCUGCGAGGACUCCACUCAUUUGCUUCCCCUUCGCGAGUACUCCCCUUCUUUGCUUUCCCCCUCCACCAAUCUCAACACCAGAGCUGACUCGUCCUCUGUCUGUACCAUCCCCAGUGAAGACCCGGCCGUUUGUGUCCAUCAGGACCUCCAAACCCAAGUUGCUCAACAUGUCUCCAUCCCCCCAGCACAAAGAAAGCACCCGCCAAUUGCUGCAAUGGCCCGCCAGCGAACCAUGUAG